CCAUGGAAUGUGUCAGGAGGAUCUGGGAGCACCAGGAGCCACCCCUUUGGGUCCAUCCUGACUCCUCCCCGUGUCCCAGGUGGGGCUGCCAUGAGAGCCGGCGUGCAGGAGGGCGACCGGAUUGUCAAGGUGAAUGGGACGAUGGUGACCAACAGCUCCCACCUGGAAGUGGUGAAGUUGAUCAAGUCCGGUGCCUACGUCGCUCUGACCCUCCUGGGAUCCCCCCCUCCCUCCGUGGGGGUGCCCAGCUCCCAGCAGGAUGCGGGAACAGCGGGAUCCCCCCACAUCCCCCCCGCCUGUCCCCCCCCGCCGCCGCCGCUGCCGCAGCGAAUCACCGACCCCAGACCCCUCCAGGACCCAGAGGUGCAGAAACACGCCACGCAGAUCCUGCGGAAUAUGCUGCGGCAGGAGGAGGCGGAGCUGCAGCGCUUCCAGGAGCUGUACAGCCGGAAUCCCGGAGCGGCCGUGGAGGAGCAGAUGGAGGGCGCACGCCGGAGGGUCAGCCAGCUCCAGCUCAAAAUCCUCCAGGAGACCGGCAAUUCCCUGGAUUCCAGGCUGAGCAGUGACUCCAGUGUGGCCGGGUUCAGGUCGGUGGAAGGACGCCUCUCCCUGGACUCCCAGGAUGGAGACAGCGGCUUGGAAUCCGGGACGGAGCGAUUCCCCUCUGUGAGUGAGGUCUCCCUGAACCGGAAUUCCACCCUCUCCGACCACGGCCUGGAAAGCCCCCGGACCUCCCCCAUCAUCUCCUCCCGGCUUUUCCAACACCAUCGGUGCCAGGGCUCCGACAGCCCCUUCCCACCCUCGGCAGAGCAGGAGCGGCCGGGAAGGCCCCUGAUCAUCGGCCCGGAGGAGGAUUGUGAUCCAGGGUAUUUCAACAACGAGUGCGACUCCCUCUUCCAGGACCUGGGAAAGCUGAAAUCCCGGCCGGCACACCUGGGGGUCUUCCUGCGCUACAUCUUCUCCCAGGCUGAUCCCAGCCCCCUGCUCUUCUACCUGUGCACGGAGGUUUUCCAGCAGAGCACAGCCAAGGAUUCCCGGGCCUUGGGGAAGGAGAUCUGGAAUAUCUUCCUGGACAGGAGCGCGCCUCUCCGGGUGAAGGUGUCGGAGCAGCUCCUGGCGGAGAUCGAGAGUCGCCUGCGCAAUGGGGACGAUGCCCGGGCCGCCCUGUUCGAGGCCCAGGAGAUGGUGAUGCCCGAGAUCCAGGAGCAGAUCCAGGAUUACAGGACGAAGCGGACGAUGGGCCUGGGGAGCCUCUAUGGGGAGAACGACCUCCUGGAGCUGGAUGGGGACCCCCAGAAGGAGCGGCAGGUGGCCGAGAAGCAGCUGGCCCAGCUCGGGGAUAUCCUGUCAAAGUAUGAAGAGGACAGGAGGUGAGUGAUCCCAGGGC